AAUUCUUAACUAUACUCUAAGUUUAACCUUUGAGCAUAGCGCUGUUAUGAUUGGUGAACUAAUAAAUUUCAUACAUACAUUAACAAGACCCUCGAUUUAUUUACUCGUUUCUAUUAUUUUGUAUUCUUAUACGAGUAACGAAGUGUAUAUAUCACUUACCGAGUCUGGAACAGCUUUUAUUUUAUUAUUUCAUGCGAUUGGAUAGAAUAAAUGCUCUGUUUGUCUAACUAAAGUGAAUAUAAUGAGCAACAAUGAGUAGAAGUAGACAAAGCAGUCAGUAAGGUGCAUCAGUUUAUGUAGUUUAAAAAUUCCAAUUCACAUCGUGACACUACGAUUCACUCUCAAAGCAUGCGCCAACCACCAGUGCGGCAAUAUGAUUAUUUUCUGACCGCGGUGUAUAAGGGUAUACAUAAACGUGUUUGUCUUUCGGUGUUUGACAUAAUAAAUAACCGUAAUGUAAAUAGUACUUUUUUGUCAUUUGAGUCAAUAUGGACAAUAAUCUUCCGGAUUUAACAGCAAACGGAACGAUACAAGAUGGUCACUCCAAUUUGGAAAAAUUAACGCAAUCUUAUUUGUUGUUAAAGCAAAAAAUCUGUGAAACUCAUGAAGUGAUUAAACAGUAUAAUGACAAACUGAAAGAAUGUGAACGCUUAAAAACAGACUUAGAUGCAGCAACUAAACAAACAAAGAAAGUCUCGUGUAAUUAUAAUUCUACAUUAGCUAAAGUUAUUAAAUUGGAACUUCAAAAUACAGAGUAUAAAAAGAACAUUGAAACUCUAAAAGCACAAGUAAAUGAAUAUCAAAUAAAGUUAGCAGCGGAUCAGCAACAUAUACAGCAAUUAAUAUGUAAAAUAAAAGAUGUAGAAGAACAGCAGAAUGAUAAGAUUAUGCAGUAUGAUUUAGAAAAGUCUUCGUUACAAGUGAAAAUUAAAGAAGUUGAACAAGAAUUAAAAAAUGUUAAGAAGUCUUAUGAUACAAAAAUUAAGAAGAUGGAAAAGAAAAUUUCAAUGGAAAACAGCAGUAAUAACAAUACUAGAGUCAAAAUGAAAGAUGCUGGAAUAAAUACAAUAUUCGCUAACGACGAUAUAGUGCUAAAACCGAAAGUCGCGCACAAAUGUAUAAUGACUAAUGAAUUUUAUGACGUAAACGACAUGUAUCCUAUAUUUUGUGCCAAAUGUGAAGUUCAUUUAAAACCAGCUCCUCUUGAAAAGAUAUGCAAAAUAAUGGUGGAGUCAUGUCCAAGACUUAUUGAAAAAAUUUCAUCUCCUAAAAAAGCUCUACCAUCUUUAGAAAUUUCAAAUGAUAUGGAUAAUGAACACUAUACAACUGAAAGCCUACCGAUAUUGUCUGAAACACAAUUACCGCAUUUACAAGAUCAAAACAAUCAUGUCGACUUAAUUCCUACGAAACUUUUACCUUUGCAUAAUCCAGUUACAUUAAACCGUGCAGAUUAUUGUCAUAAUCUUCCUCAAAAACCAAAUUAUUAUAUUGGAUCAAUACCGGUCAAUUCUCCCUCAAUGACAAGCUCUAGUACAAGUGACCAAAACAAUCAUUGUGAAGAUAUAACAACGGUUUCAUCUUUGUUGUCACUUAUUUCUUCAUUACAAAAGAGGAUUGACAUGUUAGAAACUAAGAUCAAACAGAAAUUCAAUAAAAGGAAAUCAGAACAAAGCGGUAACUGUUGGCAACAUAAAUAUCCAAAUGUUUGCAUGUACAACAGUAAUUGUAUGCAGUUGAAUUUUAUGGAGCUGUGGAAGAGGAUGGCCGAUUUUUACGAUACCAAGGAGAAGGAUCGAUUUAAUAUGCAUAAGUAUAGAAAUAAAAAUUCAAGUAAAUGUAAAGCAUUUCUCAUAAAACGUAAAAAAAGGUUGCAAAGUGGAUGUGCCGGCUCUUGGAAUGUUGAAACGGUCCCGAAAAAAGUACAGCAGACCCCUCUCAGAAGAAGGCUUAAAAAACGUAAAUAUCAGCAUUCUAUGCUACUCAGUAAAUCUAAUUCGUUGCUAAGUAAGCAUAAAGAUUUUGAAAAGUCAAUAAGUGAUUCCGAUACUAAUUCAUACGAUAAUGCAUUUAACGAUGGUACUCAUAUAAAUGCAAGUGUUAGUAUGGAAUCUAAGAAUGUAUCGCCUGUAGAAAAAUCGAUUCUACGUUCAAACUGUAAUAGUCGAUUGAAAACGUCAUGUUCCAUUCAAUAUACCGAUACAGAUGAAGCUGAUGAAAUUGAAGAGGCAAUACAAAACUCUGUUGAAACUAGUAAAUUUGUAGGAGGUGAAACUGACUCAGGGAUACUAUCAGAUUCGGUUGAGUCGGCUAAACAACUCGAAACAGGCAUAAGUACACGUUCAAGUUCUAAGAAGCGUAAGACUAUGCCGGAAGUAAAACCUUUUACAAAAAAUGCAUCGUCUUUUACGGAAAACGUUGAACCUAGGAAACUACACUUUGCGAAAAAAUCUCCUGUAAAAGUAAUUAAAUCUAGUAAGUUAAUGGAAACAAGCAUUGAUCCCGAAAUAUUGAAGUUAGAUGAACAUACAGAAAAAACGGAAAAUAAAAGGGAAACAGAAUCUUCUACCUUUAACUCUACAAGUUGUACUAGAAAGAGGAAACUUCGUACAAAUGAACAUCAGGAACCGAAAAAGUGCGGUAGUCGACAAGUUUUGUUAAAAAAAUUAAGAAAUUUAAAGAAAACCAGUAAAAUUAUAAAAACGAGUCAAAAUGUUUCAGACCAUCAAAGAGUAGAACAAAACCACUUAGCCAAUGAAAAGGAAACUGUAAACGAUGAUAAUUGCGUACCUACAAAAAGACCUCGUAUCGCACAUGUCCCGAAAAGCACAGUAAUCGAACAAACAAAUUCGAUACAUAAUAGUCCACAAGUCCGGAAAUGUCAAGUAAAAGAUGUAACAAAUAUAAACGUGCAACCACAAACCGUUGCCGGUAAUAAUUCCGAAACUGAUACAAAUACGACAGCAGAAGAAACGAAAGUAGUGAAAACGAAAUGUAGAGAAUAUAAUGCUCCAAUUUUGAAAAUGGUAAAAGAUGAUGAUAACGAGUUAGAAAAAAAAUGUAGCAAUAAGAGAGAGGAGAUCAAAUCUAAUUUUGUAAACACUGUAAAUUCUAUCACAACAAAUGUUAUAGACAAAAAUAACGUUGACGAAUUGGUCAGUACUGACGCUGAUCAUUCAUCUGAAAAUAAUUCGAAAAUAAAAGAUCCACUGGACAUAGAUGUGGAUAGUUCCGAUAAUUCUGAUAAAUUUACUAUAACCACUACUAAUGACAUUGCAUUUAAAGAAAUGAUGGAAUUAAGCGAAAUGAAGAUCGAAUCAAAAGAGGAGUAUGAAGGUUCGAAACAGGAAUGCGAAAAUAAUUCCCCUACUUCAAAUGAAAUAAUUACUGAAAUUGAUAAUAAUGGUAGCAUGGAAUUAAACAGCAACGAAUCUCAAGUAACCGAGAAUGCUGAUGUUUCUCAAAUAAAUUUAGAUACAUCUAACACAGGCAUUGAAGAAGUUGUAAAGAUUGAACACUCAUACGAUUCCAGUGAUCUUAAUACAUCGUUUGAAUCAAUGACACAUUGCCCGCUUGUGAAAUUGAAACGAUAUAUUAAUGAAAGUAAAAUUUUAAGAAAAGAUAGUAGAAAUGGACCAAAAAGAUUUUUCAAUGUUCGUAUAGUAACGGAUAAAUUCGUAAAGAAGCAAUUACAAAGGCUCACGGAUAGUGACUGGGACACUUCGACUCAUUUGGAUGUAUUAGAAAAAUUAAAAUCUACUUGCAGUCCUCGCAUCAUAGCGAAAGGAAUUGUAGACUUUUUAAGUACAACAGAAGAGUGCAACAAGAGUUUAGAUAACACUCACACCCCGCCUGCGCCGUUAAUGACAACAACACAGCAAAAAAUUGUCGCGUUAUUGAUUGAUUUAGAAGAAUCAAAACCAGUCAUUUUUGAGUUUGUUCAGGCUGGCAUAGAAUACAAACUCUUUAGGAUUCAUGAUAAGAACAAUGGUCAAUCACAGUGGUCAUCUAUCGUGCAGUCACUUAGUAGAAUGUACACCGUCUUAGCGCGGGUUAAAAAAGAUAGAGAAAAAGUGAGGAUAUUCUGUUGCGAUAUUCUGUAUUUUUUGGGACUUCAUGCAACAGUUGCUUUAUAUACAGUAUUUACCUGUUGGCCAGAAGUAUUUCCAAAUAACGACACAACUAACGAAUUAUUGCCAAAGUGCAUAGCGCAUCUUAUCACAGCGCAACAAGCUGCAAAGCUUCCCAAACUUAAUGCUUUAAAGAACUUAGUAUCUGUAUUCUAUAAAUAUAAAAUGGGAACAGCUUCGAAAGAUGUGUUGAAAGAACUUUUAACCUCUCUCCAAGAAAAAUCUCAUGUCGAAGCCGAAACGGCCAUCAUACUCCUGGCAAAGAGGGAAGGCCCAAAAUGGGCAUAUAAGAACAUCAUUAAGAGUGCAUUACUACCUAUGAUAAUUGAGAAUAAACUUCCAAACACGUAUAGGGCAUUUUGUUUGCUUGGUAAUCUCAUGCGCGUGCUUCCAGUACAGGACAACAAUAAUUUGGUCGGUAGAAUUGUGGAACAAUUAUGCGACUUAAGUAAAUCCGGCGAAGGAUCGGAUGAACAACAAGAAGGUGUUAUCUCAGCAUUGCUGAGUCUGUCGAGGCACAAAUUCGAUGAUGUCGCGAAAAGUGUAAUAAAUUGGACCCCAAUUGCCCCCCUCCGCGUUCGAACUUCAAUACAGAUCGAUAGUUUUUUCAAUUUACGUCCUCCGAAUUAUUGGAAGGGCUACUUAAAAAAGUGCAAAAAUUUACCAGAACCGUGUGAACAAUGCAAAACGUAAUGCGCAUAUAAUUCAUAUCAUCUUUUCUUGCGCAAACGACACGAAUUCUGUGAUAUUUAAUGAAAUAAUUUAUAUUAUUUAAAAGUUCAAAUGUUUAUGUUCAUCAUUUGUUAAUUUUUCAUUUAUUUUUCGUUUAUCAGAUAAAACGACCAUUAGCUAAUCAAAAAUGUCAAUAACAAUUUAUUGACAUUUUUUUAACUGUUCUUUUAUUUUUUUUUUUGUUGAAGUGUACGAUGUACUACUUAAUUAAUCUCCUCUGAAGACUGUAUCACGUAUGUAUAUAUAAUACUUGCCUCCCAGGCAACCAAAGAAUUUCACAAGUAAAGGAAGCAUGAUUCGUAAUAUCGAUAAAUUAGUUUUUUUGCGCUUAAACCUUAGCGAUUUUUACUAUAUAUUACUAUACAAAGAGUACCGAAAAACUUAUAACAAAAAAAUCGAUUUAUUAUGUAAUAAAGUGAAAAAAACUGGUUUUCUA